AUGCAGAAGAAGACAACUAAUUGGUCCGUCCAAAAAAUGACUGGGAGCGAGGGGAUAUUGAAAGGGGAUGUUACCAUGUUCCUCUCGCUGAAAGAUGGGAAAAAUCACCGUUGUCAGUUCCAUACGUUAUACAAGUAUGUUUUUAAGUUUUUUUCUCGAAGUAAUAAUAUUAGAGAACAGUUUAAGACACCACGACGUCGGCGGUGGAGAAAACGUCACUUUAAACUAAAGCGCGAUCACGAUCCAAACUUGCUCUGACGUUAUCUUUCGUUGUCACACUUGGGCUUUAGUAAAAGGCCUAAACUAAGUUCAACAGAAUGUAAAACAAACUUUGCCAUAGUAAAACUCAUUUGUUGACGUUCCAGACGGUUUCUUGAUUUACCUCGAAUUUCGGGAAUAAUAGGCUCUUUGCAUGAUUUGAUCACGCGAUCAACUUUCGGUAAACACGAAAACAGUUCGCUUUUGAAAAACUUUGUUAGCACAAGCUGAAAGAGCAUAUUAAAAUUAGGUAACCUGAGAAUUUUCAGCCGUAUAUCUCAAAAGUAGCGAUUGCAACGGCCGCCGAAAGUUAGAAGCAUUUGUAUGAGAAAAAGAACUUUUGCCAUCCAAUCACCUUGCAUCGUGAAAAGCGGGUCCUACCACACCAGACCAGAAAACCACGCGAACGACUUUGAGAAAGUCUAAUUCAGGGGCACCCAACGACGGUUUCCUCCGAAGUGCAUUGAAAGUCUUUUAGGCUAUCCAGAGUACUUUUAGAUCUCUAGAAAUGCCUUCUAGGCGGCGCUAUAAAAUUUAUAUCUGUUUGGUCAUCCUAGGAGAAUUUGAGGCUUUUCGAAAUUACAAGGGCUUCAGUGAUAUUUUCCUGAAAAUUUUAGAUGCACUUGAAAGUUUCCCGAAUGUGAGAAUUUUUCCCUUUCCUCUCUCCAUCAAAUUUUUGAAUCCGAAAAUUUUAGGUUUCCUUUUUCUACGAAAAUUAGCCUAACACAAGUGGUAAAAUAAGAAAAAUUAAACUCCAGAAAAUCGCAGGGAAUUUUUCAGAUAAGCUUCGAAAAUUUUACCUGAAUGGAACACACAUCUUGAAAUUUUUAGCCGUAUUCAAGCAGUAGAAAAUUCUAGUGAAAAUUUGCUUCUCUGAACAGACAUUUUACAGAAAACAGUAGUUGGGUGCCCCUGCAGAUUGCGGGGACGGUGCAAACGUGAGCAGGAAAAAUAGCGCACACUCCACCCAUUAUCUAUAAACGCCUGGAACAGGUUACACGAGUAACUGGUUUAUUUUUGGACCUUUUUGGUCAAACCGAACUUUCAGCGAUCGGUCAAGAGCAUUUAUAUUGGGCUUUGAGCACUUCACGUGGGUGGCACUCUUUAAGUUUAAAAUGGACUUGCGUUACAACACAAUAUGUAUAUAUUUUUUUUCUGCACAGAGCAAAAAAGGCUGUCAAGUUGCCAACGAAAAGCCACUAUGUGGAGCAUCGCCUGGUGAGGACUGACCCGUACUACUGGAGAAAUUCAACUGGAUGA